AUGCUAUCCCUCUUCGAGGACGUCAUCGCGGGCUGCGUGUUGGUCGCCUACAACCUCCAACGGCAGUGCUUGGUCGAGCUCCCGCGCGAGUUCGUGGGGUUGAUGCUGCGGACCCUCGUCGUGUUCGGGCGGAUUCACAUUUUUAUGCUCCCGCACGACGGCCCGGUGGAGCCGCUGAAGCUGCAGGAGCCGGCGGUGAUCAUCUGCCACGUCGACCUCCGCUGCGAGCGCGCCCGGCUCUUCCGCCUUAGCAGUUUCGUCACGGACGUCGCCGGCCGGGUGCUGCUGACGAUGCAGGAGGAGACCCUUUCCACCCUCGACGUGAAGGACCUCAAGCCCGUGCGCGAGCAGCUCGCCUACGCCCAGAAUGAGGUGCUCGAGAAGACCUUCUGUGAGCUCUUGGCGGUGUGCAUGCGGCGCGGGGGGGAGGCGCAGCGGCAGUUUUUUAGUUUGGAUCCGCUCGAGAUCGCCGUGCGCCUCGCGAAGCGGGCGACCCUCGCGGAGAGCCAAAUCGCCGUCGUCCGGCUCAUCGCCGACGCGGCGCACCGGUGCCCGCGAAACAUCGCCCUGAUGUCGUCCGUCGUGAUUCACCCGCUGAUUCGGAUGGCGAGCGCCUCGCACAGCCCGGCGGCGCUCGCCGCCGCGUUGGAUUGCUUCAGCGACCUCGCCUUCAACGACCCGCGCGCGGCGGAGGCGACCGCGCGGCGAGGGUUUCCCUUUCCCGCCCUCCACCACGAGAUGCUCGGGACGGCGAGCUCGCCGGAGACGCUCUGCACGCGCGUGCUGCACCCCAACUCCGCCCCGUUUCAGCUGAUGCAGCGCUUCCCGCUGGGGAAUGGGGGGAUGGUGAAUUACUGCAACGCCUGCGCCCUCGCGCACCCCCCGGAGGGCGUCGUCGCGGCCGCGUCCGAGGACACCGAGUACGGCUACUUCGCCUGCCAGUGCCCGCGAUGCCAGCGCGGGGCCUUCAAACGGCCCCUCCCCCCGCCCACGAUCCCCCACACGGCGGCGAUCAAAACCCUCGCGGCGGCCGGCCUCGCGAAUCUCCUCGUCGCGAGCCUCAAGGCCUACCCGGAGAACCCGGCGGUGCUCAACGCCGUCGGUGGCGUCGUCCUCCGCAUGGAGGUGCCGGACGAGGUCGUCAAGACGCUCUUUUACGUCCUCGUCGAGCGGCGGGAGCUGCGGUCGUUCGCGGAGGCCGCGGCCGGGGUCGCGUCGCGGGCCUUUUUGCCCUGCCUCGACGCGCUCUGCAAGAACUACGCGGAGAGCGCGCUGGUGGAGUACCUCCGCGGGCCGCUCGUGAGUACGACGCCGUGUCGAGCCUCCCCGAGCACCGAGACGCCGCUGGGGGUGAUUAGCCAGGGGAAGAGCGAGGCGGGCCUCUCGCCGUCCCCGUACGGGAUCUCCGCCUACCAAAGCUCUUGCAAGAGCGAUAGCUAUCAAAGCACCGUCUUUCAAAGCCACAUGCACCCCGCGGUGGAUCUCUUUCAGAACAAUGUCGUGUCCUCGACAUUGGUGCUAGGCGAUUCAAACCAAAUUCGAUAG